UAAAUGUUAUUAAUUUUUGACAGCACAAAAUUAUUUUAUAUUUUUUUUAUUGUUUUAUUAAGGAAAAUAUACUUUUUUUUAAAUACCACCUAGGGAAUUAUUUUGUUAUCAACAGGUCACACUUUUAUAAAAAUCAUAUAGCAAAUUCCUAUAUAAAUCAUUGUUGUGAAUGUUUUCUGACGCACCUGACGUUUCUAAUUCUUGUGAAAAAUAUUAAAUUAUAAUUGUAAAUUAAUUGUUUUUUUUUUGAAUUUAUAACACAAUCUAUUCAAAUGAAAGCAUAAAUUUUCCGUAUAGAUUAUUGAUGUAAACCUUCAAACUGAAUAUUUCAUUUUAAUAAGGAAGUAAGGUUAAUUUAUUAAGUAUACAGGAGGUAUACAUGAUACGUGCGUAUAGAAGAAUAACAGUAUUUAUAUAAUAAAUAUGUCAUCCUGUAUCCAAAACUGUACUUCUCUUUUGAGGAAUGGAUUUCCUCAAAAAUUAGUGAAAAAUGGAAUCUCGAAGAUAACCUCAAAUUUAGUUAGAAGUCAAUCAAGUGAUAAAAGAUGUUUUUUAUAUCCCUUGUCAGUGCAUAAUAAUGUUCACAUGGUACAUACUGCUCCUCAAACAAAUUGGGUUACCAGUAAAGAUGAAAGUCGAGAAAUGAUGGCUUUAUGGCCAGAUGUAGUUAGAGAUCUUACAGUUGGUCGUCAUACAGAUAUGCCUGAUGUAACCAGAUGGUUGUCAAAGGUUUUGCAAUACAAUGUUCCCGGUGGCAAGAAGAAUCGUGCUUUAGUUCUAGUCUAUGCAUAUAAACAACUUGCUCAUCCAGAUCAAUUAACAGAUGAAAAUAUUCGAUUGGCACGAAUUUUAGGAUGGUGCAAUGAAAUGCUGCAGGCAUUUUUCUUGAUGGAAGAUGACAUUGUGGAUCGCUCGAAGACUCGUCGAGGACAACCCUGUUGGUAUCUUCACAAUGAUAUUGGACUUGCAGCCGUUAAUGAUGGAAUUUUAAUAGAGCAAAUGAUUUAUCAACUACUUCGAAUGCAUUUUGGCGACAAACCAUACUAUCUAGAUUUUGUUAAUACGUUUCACGAAAAUAUUUAUAAAACGACAGUGGGACAAUCGUUAGACUUGUUGUCUACAAAUCAUGGGAAAAAGCCUAAUUUAAAUUUGUUUACCAUGGACCGAUACAAUGCUAUAGUAAAAUAUAAAACUGGUUAUUAUACGUUCGUUAUGCCAGUUACGUUAGCUAUGCAUUUCGCUGGUAUUAAAGAUAGUGAAAUGUUUAGACAAGCUACAACUAUAUUACUUGAGAUAGGGAAUUUCUUUCAAGUUCAAGAUGACUAUUUAGAUUGUUUCGGUGAUCCUCAGGUGACAGGAAAAGUUGGUACUGAUAUUGAAGAAGGUAAAUGCUCAUGGUUAGUUGUUGUUGCCUUGCAGCGAGUCACUCCGGCACAACGAAAAAUUCUAGAGGAAUGUUAUGGAGUAAAUGAUCCGGAAAAAGUUGCAAGGGUAAAGCAAUUAUAUCAUGACUUAGGAUUACAAACAACUUACUCUGUUUACGAGGAAGAGAAUUAUAAUUUAAUUAACACCCAUAUACAACAAAUUUCACGCGGUCUACCUCACGAUUUAUUUUUCAAAAUACUGAAUAAAAUUUAUCGCAGAAAUAUGUAAAACUGUCUGCGAUUGAAAAUUUUUGUCCAAAAAUGAAAAAAUAGGCAUUUAUUGCGGUUAUCCGCUACUCAUAUACUACAUAGGAAUUAACUAAGUCUGUCAUUCCUAUUAUAUUUACUAUUUUCUACGCAAUUUGACUGUUACUAUUAUAAAAUCUUAAUACUA